UCAAUUCUAUAUGUUUUCAAACCCAAUCCCUCAAAAACCUCGAUACCCAUAUCUUCAAUCGGAUCAACCCUCUUUCAUCGUCUUCACUGCUCUCCUGUUUUCAUGGUUGCUUAGUGCUUACCUUCAAGAAUGGUCCAACCCUUUGACUUUUUGCUUACGAAAUCGGGUAUUUGUUUCUAAAUUUUGAAUUUCUUUCGACUUCAGAUACGGUUUUGGAUAUUGAUUCAUGGCGAUUCGAAAAGAUAGGGUGAGGUUUAAUGUUGGUGGUAAGAUCUUUGAAACCACGGCUACAACCCUAGCAAUCGCCGGUCGCGAUUCCUAUUUCGGAGCCAUGUUUGAUGAAAACUGGGACCUACAACACAAUCCCGCCGGCGAGCACUUUAUUGAUCGGAAUCCAGAUUGUUUUUCAAUCCUCUUGGACCUGUUGAGAACAGGAGACCUUUACAUUCCACCACACGUCCCUCAAAAACUCCUCUACCGAGAAGCCCUGUUUUACGGCCUCAUCGACCACGUCCGAUCGGCAAAAUGGGGGCAGUUCGACGGCAACCGUCUUCAGCCUUCAAAAUCCGUCACCGGCAGGGCACCCGGCGAUGGCACAGCCAUCCGAGCUUCACCUGACGGCGGCUGUUGUGUCGCCCAUGGAAGCAUGGUGCAUAUUUACGAUUGGAUGUUGGAAGAACACCCACCUAUCAACCUUGAUUACCAACGGGUCAAUGAUGCGGGUUGGGUCGGCCCAGUUGACCCAACUGGGCUCGUGAUCAGCACGUGCGAGCGGCUUGGUCGAGGCCAAGGAGGGAUGGGACUUUUCAGUUCGACAACUGGAGAAUUACGAUACAAGUUUAACGUGACACAUGAAGGCGUCGCUAAAAGUUACACAGCAGGUGCUUUGAGUUUUAGUGACGGCAAUAAGCUAUUCUCGAGUUGUAAAGGGCGGAGUAACGAAUACGGGAUCGGUGUUUGGGACCAAAACACCGGUCAACAAGUCGAUUUCUUCUAUGAACCACCGGGGUGGUCGCUCGGGGACGCUGACAAGCUCCAAUGGUUAAACGGUAGGAAUUGCUUGUUAGUUGCCACUUUGUUUCCUAGAAAAGACAAUUGUUACAUCAGUUUGCUUGACUUUCGGUCAAAGUCAAUGGUUUGGUCAUGGUCCGACAUGUGGUCUCCAGCAAACAGCGACGACCGGCGUGUUCGAGACGCGAUAGCCAUGGAAGAAAAUAGCUCGAUAUGUGUCGUGAAUGAGUUUGAGGAUUUAGGGUUUAUGGAUUUGCGCCGUGAGUCGGGGUUGGUCAGAUGGAGCUCACGAAGUCGCUUAAUGAAGGGGAAAAUGCCAGACGAGCCGUGUUACCCUAAACUCGCAUUGCACGAUGGCCAAUUGUUUUCAUCCAUGAACGAUAGCAUCUCGGUGUUUUGUGGGUCCGACUGGGUUUUGACAUCGAGGCUCAGAAGGAGUUUUGGUGGCUCGAUUUGCGAUUUCUCGAUCGGGGGCGAUCGGCUUUUCGCCCUUCACAGUGAAGAAAAUGUGUUUGAUAUUUGGGAAACUCCGCCGCCACCCAUUGUGUGAAUUUGCGUUGAAACUGUUUUCAUAUGCUCUAGUUAUUAGUUUGCUAAUCAUAGAGAUUUACACAAACAGUUUUCGUUGUUUUCGUUUACUUUUUCCAGAGCUGAGAUUUUUAUAUCCAGAGCAAUCUUACUGUAAUGAGUUUCACAUUAUGCAUUAAAACUUGUACAUUGCUCUGGAUAUAAAAAAAAAAGCAAGUUACAUCAGUAUAUGGUGAAUUGGUGAUCAUGUUAAUGUUUUC